UAGUACUCCAUAGUAAUGAGAUAUCUCUUCCCUUUUAAUCUCUUCCAAAUUCUGUAGCUCUGUCUCAUAUUCAUAAUAAAACCUACUAAGAAUAAACGUGUUCUCUUUUUGUUGUGUUCUUUUCUUCUGCUGCUUCUUCCUUUGGGAUCGUCAAAACUUGAAGAUCGGAUCGACAACUUUCUCACAGCAACCCUAGCCCUCCACUCCCUCCUAUGAACCAAGAAUGAAUUAAUCUUCAUCUUCAUUUUGAGGUUUGAUCUAUAGAAGUUUCGAAAACACAAGAGGCAAGGGCCAUUUGUCUACAACAAUAGGGAGGCCAACGAUGUCCUCGUCCAACUCUCCGUGUGCAGCAUGCAAAUUCUUGCGUCGAAAAUGCACUCAAGAAUGUGUUUUUGCACCAUACUUCCCACCUGAUCAACCUCAGAAAUUUGCCAAUGUUCACAAGGUUUUUGGGGCUAGUAAUGUGGCUAAAUUACUCAACGAAUUAAACGCUACUCAACGUGAAGAUGCUGUAAAUUCCCUCGCCUAUGAAGCCGAGUAUCGCCUUCGUGAUCCAGUUUAUGGUUGUGUUGGCCUAAUUUCGGUACUUCAACAUAAGCUCAAGCAAGUCCAAGAUGAUUUAUUGAAUGCUAAGAAAGAAUUAGCAACUUACAUUGGUCCAUCAGCAAUGUUGCCAAUUCUUCAACACCCGGGGUAUAUACAACAGCAUCCGAAUAAUCCGUCUUCUUCUACCAUGAUGCCUUAUAAUAUGCAGCCAAUGUUGGGAUUGCCAACAGGGAUGCAACAACAACAACAACAUGGUGCUCAGUUAAUGUUGCGUGAUCCUCAACAACAACAACAGCAAAAUCAUCAGCAAGUUAUUGAAGCUCAUCAAUUUGCGGCAGCGAUGGCGGCAAGGGAGCAACAGGAAAUGUUGAGAACUUACGAACAACAACCACAACAGCAGCAGCAUCCACAAUUCAACAGUGGGUUUGAUUCUGCAGGCCCAGUAACUGCUACCGGAUUUCAUCAAAUGAGUUCUUCUGUAUCACCUUCAUUGGCUUUGGGCUCCUUUGACAAUCCUUAUCAGAUUCAGCAAACCCAGCAGGAACAUUGCGGACAGGUUCAAAUUCAGCCGCAUCAAUUGCUCCAACAACAACAGCAGCAGCAGAAUCAUCAGCAGCAGCUACCGCAACAGCCACAGACACCACAGCAGCAACAGAGAGCCAAAAGUGAAGAGGAAAGGAGCAUUGGACCUUCUUGUUAACUUCUUCACUGCAUGCCAUUGAAGCUUUUUCCUUUCAACAGUUUAUUAUCUUGGUAACUUUCUCGUUCAAAUCUCUUUCUUUCCUCUCUCUUUUAUUACAUUUAUUGCUCCUCUUUCUAGUACUUUGGGUUACCCCGAGGGAUGGUUGGUUACAUUUUUUCCUGAAUUUUUUUGCAUACUUCUUCUAAUUAUGGGAUAAUCACUUUUUCCCUUCUAGUUGAAAGUAAAAUAUGUACUUUUUCUUUGUUAGACAGCUUAAAAGAUUGAGUUUAACUAAUAAACAUGAUAGUGUAAAAACAAUUACGCUAUCAAGUGUUGCAAUAAUACAAAAUUUCUUACUACUAUGUAUAUGUAAGUCAAACUCUAAAUUAGAUUUUACUAAAUUUUUCACUAUAUAAUAAUGUCACCUCACUAAUUAAUGAUUCCUGUUAGCUUCAAGUCUUUUCAUAUUACAGUGGUUUUGCGUCUCAUACGUCUAUAUGCUUGAAUUACGUACACAGUUUUGACUUUGACGUUAAUAGUAGCGUGCGGUGUGUUUGAAAGGAGAUAUCUUACCAAGUAUACAUGAUUCUCUCCGUAAAGUUGAGUUCUUUUAAGAGAACAAGAAAUAAUUAACUUGGAUACAUUGCUAGGAAAGAACUUUUACACCAUUAAAGUAUUUUAUUUUAUUUUGUUAUCGCAAUAAGUUACUUACGAUAUAUUUUAGGUUAUCAACAAUGCUUAUUAAGUAGGUAUUUACAUUUAUCUUUAUAGGUAUAUACGAAAGAUUUAAGUUAUAUACAUACAUUAGCGUCUCAAUUUAACCGUUGUAGUAGGUGACUUAUUUUAUUUUGAAAUUAUCAUAUCAAGUUUACCAUGAAAAUUACAUGGUAAUUAUUGUUGCAGACAAACUUUUAAAAUAGUGUAAACGCUACUACUAUACAUUGUGAAAACUUAAUUUUUUUUACUUAUUCAGCUAUGCAACUAGCUUUCUUCUAACAUUUCUUUCUGUGGCUGAUGCGUAAACUAGCGUACAAAGAAGACAGAUUUAGAUGGAGAUGGAGAUGACGAUAUUCAACUCCGAUAGUGAAAGGCCGUGAGCAUCUGGCCUUCUUUUUCGAAUUUUCUUUCUUCCCCUUUUUAGGUCUGAAGGACAUGAUUAAAUUAUUGGGGAGGUGAAACUUUUGAAACUUAGGAGUUUCGUUUUAACAUUACCAUUGUCUUUUCUUUACCUAUAGAUACCAUUUCUGCUGCCAUCAUACAGAUUUAUUCAUACAGUUCAUUCUUGUUUUA